AUGGCUAAACUCGAGCCCUACGUCGACGAUUACUAUCUCUGGGAGUACAUUCCCUCCCUUCCUGCAUCUAUCAUCUUCGUGCUGCUCUUUCUCGCCGCAACGCUCUUCCACUGCUGGAAAGCAUGGAAAUCACGAGCUCGAUUCUGUAUACCUUUCUGCAUUGGAGGAAUAUUUGAAGUGAUUGGCUUCGGCACCCGAGCAGCCUGCACAGAUAACACCGGCAAGCUUAUGCCGUACACGAUCCAGAGCGUCUUUAUCCUCCUCGGCCCAGUCCUCUAUGCCGCCUCUGUCUACAUGGUCCUCGCCCGGCUGAUCCGCAGUGUCGGAGCCGAGGAAUACUCCCUUAUCCGCAACACGCGCGUCACAAAGACCUUCGUCACAGGCGAUAUCGUCUCUUUCCUCGUGCAGGGCUCUGGAGCUGGACUGAUGGCCAUGGGCGGGUCGAUGACGAACGUGGCAAAAGGUAUUGUUAUCGCGGGGCUGAUGGUCCAGAUUGUGAUAUUUGGGUUCUUCAUGGUCACGUCCGCCGUGUUUGACCAGCGCAUGAGGCGGUACCCAACCAGUCUUAGCAUGAGCAGGAACGGUGGUGACGGGAUAGGCUGGAAAGAGCAUCUCUAUCCGCUGUACGCGGUCAGUAUCCUCAUUAUGAUCCGGUCGAUUUUCAGAGUCAUCGAGUAUGCAAUGGGGCAGAAGGGGUACCUUCUAGCGCAUGAAUGGCCGAUAUAUGUUUUCGACGCGGUCUUGAUGCUUGGGGUGAUGGUGAUCUGGGGGAGGUGGCAUCCGGGGAGCAUCAGGACCGAGGGGAUGGGAGCGCAGUUAUUUAGCAUGAACAGCGGGCAGAGUAAAGACUAA